AUGUUGACUUCAAUUUUGUCCUACUUAGGCCUUUCACAUAACGACGCUGUUAUAUUUCCUCCAUUCAAGAAAGAAGACUUCAAAACAGUCGAUGAUCGCAUAAGGGGUGGAUCUUCUGAGAGCAAGAUUACGGUCAGUGAAGAUGGAAAGAGUAUAAUAUUCUAUGGUACACUAGACAGUAGAACUUUAGGUGGUGCAGGCUUCGCCAGCCAAUCUGUUGAGUUUGACAACCCAUUGAAUUAUCCACAAAGCAAAUAUGAUGGUAUCGUAAUUGAUAUCGCAAACGUUGAUACUUUUGGACCGCACACUUUCGCCUUUAACUUGAAAACAACAAAACCAAGCUACAGAGACGAUGGUAGACGUCAAUCUAGUAUUGUCUAUGAGAGUGACUUCACAAUCGAGAAACCUCAAAGUUUAUGGCUCGAAUGGGACAGUUUCAAGCCAACCUAUAGGGGUAAACCAGCUGAGGAUGCUCCCGCUUUAGAUACGACACAUAUCACUGAAAUAUCACUAAUGUGUCGCUCACAUUUUCAAAAAGUGGCUAAUGGUCCAUUCCAUAUUAAGAUAACAUCUUUAAAAGCUUACAAACCUAAUGAUAAACCUAAAUGACUUGUAUUCUAAAAUUU